UUGUGUUUUCGCGAAAGGAUCAAACAGAUGUGGCGGCGCGUGGGUUCUCUGUCUUCGCUGGUUGCGUCGUCCAAAUCACACCACCUUAAUCGAACAGCCUGUGGAUUUAACGCUUUGCAAAUGUUCAGCACUCAAGUUCUGGAUCAGGCGGAAAGCAAAAUUUCUGAUAGAAGGAUCCCAUUUGUGACUUUUGUCUUGGGUAAUUAACGUUGAGUUCAGUUAAGUUCAGUUAAGCUGCUUGCAUCUUCUAGUUGAGGAAUGAGGUCGUAAGAUGCUAUUAUUGUAUGCAGAAGUGUUUGUAGUGUUAUUUGCUGACAUCUGGAUUGUUAUGUUUUAUUUUGCCAAGUAUUUGAAAAGCAUGAAAUGGUGUGAAAUUGGUUAACAGGAUUAGAUAAUCGCUUGAAGGCAUAGAUGUGGCCGUCUCUGUCAUCUUAAUGUUAUUAACCUCGUAAAGUGAACCAUGUGGAGUUGUAGAAAACUGAAAAUGGGAGUUUGUGUUUAUUAUUUCUUUGGAUCUAUUGGGUGCUUCGAGAUUAUGGAACUAGCUUAUUCAGGAGUCUAAUUUACCAAUGAAAUUACAGAGGACUGGUUUUGAUUUGAUGCUUAUAGGGGGUCCUGGGAGCGGAAAAGGAACUCAAUGUAUGCAGAUUGUUGAUACUUUUGGGUUUACCCAUUUAAGUGCUGGAGACCUGUUGAGAAAAGAAAUUUCUUCUAACAGUGAAAAUGGUUCUAUGAUUUUCAAUACAAUCAAAGAAGGGAAAAUUGUUCCAUCAGAAGUGACUGUUCAACUAAUUCAAAAGGCCAUGGAAGCCAGCGAUAAUGAUAGAUUUCUUAUUGAUGGUUUCCCAAGAACUGAAGAGAAUCGUAUAGCAUAUGAACGAGUUAUUGGUGCUGAACCAGACAUUGUGCUCUUUUUCGAUUGUCCUGAAGAAGAAAUGGUGAAACGAGUAUUAAACCGUAAUCAGGGACGAAUUGAUGAUAAUAUAGAUACAGUCAAGGAAAGGCUGAAGGUCUUUGCGGAACUAAACCUUCCAGUCAUCAAGCACUACUCCAAGAUUGGAAAGCUUUGCAAGAUUGACGGUACUGGAUCAGAAGAUGAAAUUUUUGAGAGGAUUCGUCCAGUUUUUGCUGCAUUGAGGUAUCAAGUUUUGUUUCAUGCUCUCCCCUUUUACAUUUCAUGGUUAAAUGGAUACCUCCAAUCAUUUGCCAGUCCUGGAAGUGUGUUAGAUCUUCUCAUGGCAUUGGGUGAAUAGAAAUUUUGCUAAUCUCCUUUGAAAUACCAGUUUUAUGAUAUUUGUGAAAUGUAUUUGUCAAUUUCAGGAAAUGCGGAGAAACAAUUAGCUUGUAUGCAGGAUUAAUAUAAUACUCUUCUAUACUCAUUACUUCUAUAUCAUCAUAAUAGUUCGCGGCAAUUUUUUUAGGGUAAUAAUUAUUUGCUCCAUACUCGGUGCUUUCACUCUUUUAUCUAGGAAAUCUAGUUUUCCUCAUAUCUUUCAGUAAUCUUUCUUGCUAUAUCGUGGUUGAAUACUUGAAUUUAUCUUUUUACCUUUUAUCUGUUGUCUUAGAAAUUUAAACCAUGGGGACGUCCUAUACGACCCGCCAAAUUCACAUAAAUGACAUUUUCUUUUUCAUGACAUAUCCUAAAGCACUUGGACUUACGGUUCACUGUGUUGUGAGAUAUUAGUUGACAUCACAAAUCAAGUGAAAUGCUAAUCAAUUAUUAUUUAAAUUGAUGUAGAAGAUGAAAAAUGCAAUCAUUUGUAGUUGAAUACUAAUCAGUUCAUUUAGGAUUAUGUGAGCUGUGAGCUUAGCUGUUUGUGGAAUGUAAAUUGUGAAUAACUUAAAACCUAAAUCAUUUCUCUUUGUACCCUUCACGGUCCUUCAAAGCACCUUCUGUGUUCCUCAUCCAAAGUUCUCUUGUUUGUGAACUAAUGACUUUGUUUUCCCAUACCAUUUUUGUUUCCCUAAUUUUCAAGAAUCCAAUCAACAGAAGAUAUAUUUGUUGGGUUGACUACAGUUUCAUGUGGCAAGUAAAUAUUCUAAGCUUAUCAUGUGACAUGUAUCAAUGUUGGUUUAAUUUGCAGUCUAUAUUCAAAAUGCUGCGCAUGUUGUGUAUACUCCUAAUCAUACACUUUUUCCCUCGCGUAUUAGAACUAGGACCUGCUCCUCUCAAAUUAUUUAGAAGUUAGAACUGUGAGCAUCAGUUUUUUGUGAUUGAUUUGGAUUUACAGUUGCAAUUUUCUUUCUUACAUUUAUUCAUGUGAUUUGGUGAAUGCCUGCUACAUAUAAUGAUGCCUUUUUCACUGGGAGGUGAUCUUAUGAAAGAAAGAGACUUUUUAGCUCGGCCUCUUUUUCCCUAAAAAAAUGGUUGGAGAUACAGAAACCGGAAAUCUGGUGACUAAGUGAAGACUCGCCAGCCUCCAUCAAAGCCCUGUUAUCCUUGUUCGCCUUUAGUUGAUCAAGUCGCAAUGCUAACUAUAAAUGGUACUUGUACAUAACGCAAUAAAACCGAAGAGAACCCAGCCUGGAUUUUUUCACCAAGCAGACGAGAACUAAUCAUUUGUCUCAAUGUUAUGCCACUCUGCAUGACAAACCAUCCAAAGAAAAUAUUUCUAAUCUUUUUCGUAUACGAUGAUCUCUUUAACGGGUACCGUCAUGAUGAUACUAAGAUUGAGCAUACUUCGACAAUUAUGUUCGAAAAUAAAUUUUAUAAGUUGUCCUGUUACCUUAAGCUCUAAUUGCUACUCUUCUCUACGCAAUAUCUCCAAUGAUUCUCUGUUCUAGGUUCUAUGAAAAUCUCUCUUUUUUUUUCUCGGUACAAGAAAAGGAAGCAAAGCCUAAUUACGACGAGAUCAUACGACACCUCUACUACAUCAUGAGAAGACCAAGUCUUCGCACUCGAGAGAGGAUCGUCCAAAUGCUGAAUUCCGUCAAGCCCCUGCGCCGCAAGGGAGGCUAAAAAAUUGGCAACAAAAUUCGUUUUGUGAUAUUCAUGUCGUAGAACUACAUGCCAUUGCCGACGUAACAGCUCCCGUAUUCCUCGUAGAAUACCCCUGUGGAUACCGCAUUCAUCAUCUCCACGGACCAUCGCAAUAAUGCUCUGGUUAUCGAGCUCCACCACUACUUUG